AUGUCUUUUCUAGACAAUAGAGAUAUUAUUCAAGAGGGGGAUCUCGUCCUAGCGUGGAUCUCUAGAGGUGAUGUUAAGCCCAUCACGGUGAGGAAAGAACAGCAGCUCAACACAAGAUUUGGCAUAUUCCCACAUAAUUUAAUAAUUGGUCAGAAGUUUGGCAACCAGAUUCCAAGCGUUUCGGGCAAGGGCUUUAUUCACUUGGUGGCUCCCACUCCCGAGCUAUGGACUCUGUCAUUACCCCAUAGAACGCAGAUUGUAUAUACUCCAGAUUCGAGUUACAUAGUUCAAAGGUUGAAAAUCCGUCCAGGAUCCAGAGUCAUUGAAGCUGGUACUGGGAGCGGCAGUUUUACACACGCUAUUUCCCGUUCAGUAGAUAAACGAGGACACAUUUUCACGUAUGAAUUUCAUGAACCGAGAUUUCUGGAAGCUAAAAAAGAGAUUGAGGACCAUGGUUUGGCAGAUAUUGUAAGCAUCACACACAGAGAUGUUUGUAACGAAGGAUUUGAGAACCCUAUGGACUAUAGUGGGGACAUGAAUGCAUCGGCUGUAUUUUUAGAUCUACCAUCGCCAUGGACGGCAAUUCCUAGAUUGAAAUCGUGUCUCGCCACCGAUCGGGUGGUUUCAAUUUGCUGUUUCUCUCCAUGUAUGGAGCAAGUGAUCAAGACUGUUGAAACUCUUAGAAAAGAGGGCUUCCAGAGGAUCGAAAUGGUCGAGAUAAGUUCUAAAAGGUGGGAGGGUCAUAGGAACAUGGUUCGGAAUCUUGAUGACGCUCUCCAACGGUUAAAGGAUGUUAAAGAACGAAGAUUGUAUGGACUUGAAAUCCGUAAGGAAAAAAAUGAUGCUGCGAAAAAGAGAAAAAUAGAAGACUCUGUGGGAAAUGCAUCACAUAGAGAUUCCGCUGUUGAAUCGUCUGUAUCCCCUGUCGCCACACCAUCUGAGACAACUUCCGAAGCUGUUCUGUUAGAAUCCGUGAAGCAUAACUCUAGUCAGAAUUCUUCGUAUAAGGGCUACAACCCAUGGGGUCGGGGCCUUCGAAUCCGAGAGGGUGAUCCUAAUUAUGAGUGGAGAAGCGUUUCUCGUAUGGAAGCGGAGAUUAAGAGCCAUACUUCAUAUCUAACUUUUGCUAUUCUUCCACCAAAAUUUGAACUACCUAAUAAUGAAUAA